ACCCUCGAUUCUAAAACCAAUUUGGGCAGGAGAUGCAGCAAAACAAUAUUAUCUCCUCCAUGGCAACGGUAUCUGAAUCACCCGAAGAUAGCCCAAACCCUAAUCCACCACCAUCGCCGCCUCAGCCUCCGCCCCGCGACCCCCUUUCUAAAACCUUAUCGCAUUUUCCUGACCAAGUCACUCCGUGGAUCGAUUACGCUGUGGAGCAAUCUGUUCUCUACCAGAAAAUUAUCGAUGGGAACGUUAACGCCACAAUCGAAGCUUCUAGAUCUCGACUUUCAGAAAUUCGCUCCACUUCCUCUGCUCAUUUUAAUCAAACCAUCGAUUCACUUAAAGAUGUAAAAUCGCUACUUGGUGUUUACGAGAACUUGGCAUUUAACAAAGUUAAAGAGGGAAUUAUCAGUGUAGUUGCAAAUCCAUUGAUCACGGGCGGUGCUGCUGUUGGCUUGGGAUUUCUGGUACUUAAAAGGCCAAGGCGUUUGCUAUAUUACAAGGCUUUGCGUCUUUUUCAGUGUGAAGAGUCCAUGAUUUCCAAAGCUGAUACUAGAGUGAAGGAGCUGAGACAGUCAAUUGAUCGCCUUAAGGCUGAAAGUAAGAAGUUGGAGCGGAGUGCAUCGGUAGCUGAAGAAGAGCUGAUCCGUGGCAGGACAAAACUCAGGCAAGCAGGCAAGCAGAUCCGAAGUGUAAUUCAGUCAGCUUAUAAGAUUGAAAGACAAGCAGCAGGAUUAAAAGAUACCCUUGGAGAACUUCCAAGCAGAGAAGCAUCUCAAUUUAGAUCGCAUGUUUCCAAGCUUGCUUCUGAGGCGAUGCGAGAACGGAAUACGUUGGCAAAGGAGGUUUCAAAAAUUAGUAAUCAUGGAAUUGCAGUCUGAGGAAUCCUUUGCCCCUGUUGUUUUCUUAAGUUCACAUAACAGAUAAGAUGUUUUGAGUGAAUACAUUUUGUUAUUAUAAUUUUAAUUGGAGCCUGGUGAUUGCACAUCAGGGAACCUGUAUAAAAUAAACAAACUCCCAUUCUCAAGGUUUGGUUUCUUAACUUUCUGGUCUUGAAGUUUUGGUCCAAUAUAUGAAAAAUUAAAUUCACUGUUACCAUUACAGUA